AUGCUGUCCAUCACACCCCAGGCAGACCACCACAGCCAGUCCCUCCUCUACCUUCCCUACAGACCGCUGUCUUCGUCGAACAACCGGGCCUCCGACCUGCCCUACCUCACCACCAUCGUCAGCACCAUGGGUCACAGCCUCCACCACGCCGGCAACACGGCCACGGCAAUCUCUGUCAAGGAUUCCGCCAGCGUCGCCCAGGCGCUUGAGAUUGCCCGCGAGAGCCCUGACGGCGCAUCAGACCCGACUGUUAGCAGCAUCCUGGAGAGCGCUAUCAGCUCGAUCUGGGCCAAGGUCGCCGCGCAGCCCGAGACUUACGUCCUGACCCGCGACGAGUUCGCCGUCUUCAACUACUUCCAACACCGCUUCACCGGCAACAAGAUUGCCAUGGCCGCCCGCAAGCGCUACUGGGACAACGCCCGCGCGUGA